GAAACUCAAUCACUGCCUAUGGCGGGGGACUGUCUCAGAGACCAGAGCCCAAAGACUGCUUUGCGCUGCGCUGUUGUCUCUCUGACUCUCUCGUGGUCGCGGGCAAGACUCGGCGGUUGGAACACGCAAUCCCACUCCCUCUCGAGUCAGAGUCAGAGACAGUUUCCCGUUGGUUCCGCAGCGCUGCCUACACUGGACUACAGCAUCGACCGUGGAAUGCAAUGGAUCGCAAGGAUCCUCGACUUAGAUUAGACAAUAUCGAGAUGAUACUAGGGAUCGCAAUCUGGAGCUACUACACCGGAGAGCCUCCCAAACCCACGGAUUCUCAAGGACUAGCCAUGUGAACCUGGGACCGCGGCAAAACCCAGCUGCCUGGACCGGACGAGGAGAUUAAUUACUGUGGCCAGGUCAUCUAAUAUGCUACGAGAGGCAAUCUAAUAGAAGUAGGCUAUAUGGGCCGGAAGGAUGGAGAUGCUGACCAGCCACGCCAGUGACUAAGACCCAAGGCCACAGGGCUCAUGCCUUCUGCGCAGGAGCCGACGGAUGAGGGGCUGAGGCCUGGUCUAAUUGGUCGACGAGCGGGGAGGGAAGGAGCUUCGCUACCACGAGACACUUUAGCCGUCUCGUUUAUUAAAGUUUGGGGCCACUGGGGAAUCGCACAUGGAACUGGGUCAGGU